AACAAAAAGAAAAAAGAAAAAAAAAANUUACAAGAGUAAACACGUCAUAAAGUUAUUCACUGCCUUACGAUUUCGCACGCUACUCCGCCAUUUUCGACCACACUCAAAAUCGAGCCACUUUGCUCGCGCAGUGCAAAGAGCCCUUCGCUCCCACCAAUUAUUCGGAUCGGGUUGAAAAUCAAACGGGUCUGGCUUCGAGAACUAUGGGGAAGCUGUACGUGAAGAUGGAGCCGCCGGCGGAUCUGAACCGGAACACCGAGUGGUUCACCUAUCCGGGGGUCUGGACUACCUAUAUAUUGAUUCUCUUCUUCUCAUGGCUCAUCGUUCUAUCCCUUACUAAUUGCACGCCCGGCAUGGCGUGGACAAUCGUCAAUUUGUCUCAUUUCUUGCUUGUUUGGUUGAGGCCAAUCCAAGUGACUUACCAUUUCUUCCAUUGGAAGAAAGGGACCCCUUUCGGUGAUGAUCAGGGGAUAUAUAAUUCUUUGACAUGGUGGGAGCAAAUGGAUGGUGGAAAACAGCUCACUCGCAAUAGAAAGUUCCUCACAGUUGUUCCUGUGGUUCUCUACUUAAUAGCCUCGCACACCACAGACUACGAACACCCCAUGCUGUUCCUUAACACACUUGCUGUCCUCAUCUUGGUCGUGGCUAAGUUCCCAAAUAUGCACAAGACGUGGCUUGGCCGCCCUCAACCGAAAUCCGCCAGCCCGCUUGUCUUCCUCUCUGCUCAUGGUCGUCUCUCGUUAGUGACCAGAUCUGAGGCUUACCCCCCACUGACCUCGCCGCACCACCGCCAGUGUUCUGAUUCUCCGCCUUUUGAGUCUCUACACAAGACGACCUCCGACCACCCAUUGGUCACUGUGCGACCUCAGUUCGGGAGAUUGAAGUCAGUCCGCGCUGCUUUCACCUACUGGUCAUCGCUCCUC